AUGCUGGCUCCUCUCCUGUGCGUAAUGGUCUGCGCUUGGCUGCAGCACACCGGCUCGGCCUCCAGGCUGAAGGCUUCCUCUCUGCCCAUCCAGUCCGAGAGAGAACCGCUGCCCUCCAAAGGCCUGGCAGGAUGCUCGUUCGGAGGUCGGUUCUACUCUCUGGAGGACACGUGGCACCCGGAUCUCGGGGAGCCCUUCGGGAUCAUGCACUGCGUCCAGUGCUACUGCGAACCUCAGAAGGGCCGUCGUGGUAAGGUGUUCGGGAAGGUGAACUGUAAGAACGUCAAGCAGGACUGCCCCAACCCCGAAUGUGAGGAUCCCGUCCUGCUGCCGGGACACUGCUGCAAAACCUGCCGUAAAGGCGACGAUGACAAGAAGCAGAGCGACUCUCUGCUGGACGGCUUCGAGUACUUCCAGGACAAGAGCAAAGACAAAGAGGACGACCUCCACAAAUCCUACAACGACCGGUCCUACCUGAGCUCUGAGGAGCUGAGCCCCGGGGAGAGUCGCACCGACUUCGUUGCCGUGUUGACAGGAGUGACGAGUGAGUCGUGGCUGCCGAGCUCCAACGGGGUUGCCAGAGCUCGAUUCUCUCUGACCAGAACCAGCCUGGCCUUCUCCAUCACGUACCAGAGAAUGAGCCGGCCCAGUAAAAUCAUCUUCCUGGAUGCAGAUGGAACCUCUGCUUUUGAGUACCGAGUCCCCAAAGGACAGUCAGACAUGAUCUGUGGGGUGUGGAAGAACCUGGCCAAGCCUCUAAUGCGACAGCUGCAUUCGGAGCAGAUGCGCAUCAGCAUGACCACGGCGACCGGCGGGCGAGAAGAGGUGGAGGGGAAGAUCAUCAAACACAGGGCGCUGUUUGCUGAGACGUUCAGUUCCACGCUGACGUCGGAGGAGGACAAUUCGGGCGCCGGAGGCCUCGCCAUGUUGACGCUGAGCGACACGGAGAACAACCUCCACUUCAUCCUCAUCCUGCAAGGACUCGUCAAACACAAGGACAAAGAGCCUCUAUUGGUUCCCAUCAGAGUCCAGCUGGUGUAUCGGCAGCACAUCCUGAGAGAGAUCCGAGCCAACGUCACCUCUCACGAUCCGGACUUCGCCGAGGUGCUGACGGACCUGAACAGCCGCGAACUGUUCUGGUUGUCUCGCGGUCAGCUGGAGAUCGCCGUGGCAGCCGAGGGUCAGGACCCCCGACAAAUCUCCGGCUUCAUCACCGGCAGGAAGUCGUGCGACACUAUUCAAAGUGUGAUGUCCAGCGGUGAUGCGUUGAUCCCUGGGAAGACGGGAGGUGUUGGAUCCGCCAUCUUCAUCCUCCACGACAACGGCACGCUGGACUACCAGGUCCAGGUCGCCGGUCUCACCAGUGAGUUCGUGGGCCUCACCAUCGAGCUGAAGCCGCGGCGGCGAAACAAGCGCUCGGUGCUGUACGACCUGACGUCGGAGUACGACAGGGCCACGGGUCAGGCCCAGGGCAGCUGGAGCCGCCUGGAGGCCCGAAACAUCCACAUGCUGCUGCAGAACGAGCUGUUCAUCAACGUGGCCACCACGCACAGCCAGGAGGGGGAGCUGAGGGGCCAGAUCAGGGCCCUGCUCUACAGCGGCCUGGAGGCGCCCAGACACGAGUUGCCCACUCCUCUGGCCGGUCACUUUGUGUCUCCCCCGGUGAGAACCGGUGCCUCCGGUCACGCCUGGGUCUCCGUGGACAAACAGUGUCACCUCCACUACGAGAUCGUGGUCACGGGACUCAGCAAGGCCGACGACCUCACGGUGAACGCCCACCUCCACGGACUGGCCGAGAUCGGAGAGCUAGACGACAGCAGCACCAAUCACAAGAGGCUGCUGACCGGCUUCUACGGCUCACAGGCUCAGGGAGUGUUGAAGGACAUCAGCGCUGAAUUACUGCAACACCUGGACCAAGGAACGGCCUUCAUCCAGGUCAGCACCAAGACCAACCCCCGAGGAGAAAUACGAGGACGGGUCCACGUGCCAAACAACUGCGAGUUAGGGGCCCGGGCGGAGGUGGAGGAGGCAGAGUUCGACGACCUCUUCGUGAAGGACCCCGAGGAGCUGAAGAAAGACCCCCACACCUGCUUCUUCGAGAACCAGCACCAGGCCCACGGCUCCCGCUGGACCCCCAACUACGACAAGUGCUUCUCCUGCAGCUGUCAGAAGCGAACUGUGAUCUGUGAUCCGGUCAUCUGUCCGGUGUUGACCUGCUCCAGAACCAGUCAGCCCGAGAACAAGUGCUGCCCCAUCUGUGACGAGAGCGAAGAGCUCAAAGACAUGAAAGUUCCAGAGAGGGUGGACGAACAUCCCGAGGGUUGUUACUUUGAAGGAGACCAGAAGAUGCACGCCCCCGGGACCACGUGGCAUCCCUUCGUUCCUCCCUUUGGCUACAUCAAAUGUGCUGUCUGCACUUGCAAGGGAUCUUCAGGAGAGGUGCACUGUGAGAAGGUGAUGUGUCCGCUGUUGACCUGCAGUCACCCCGUGAGACGGAACCCCUCCGACUGCUGCAAGGAGUGUCCCGAGGAGGAGAGGACCACCGCGGGGCUGGAGCACGGGGACAUGAUGCAGGCGGACGGGCCGAGGCACUGCAAGUUCGGCAAGAACUAUUACCAGAACAGCGACAACUGGCACCCCUGGGUGCCGCUGGUCGGGGAGAUGAAAUGCAUCAACUGCUGGUGUGACCACGGAGUGACUAAGUGUCAGAGGAAGCAGUGUCCGGUCCUGACCUGCUCCAACAUCACCCGCACAGAGACCGCCUGCUGUCCCGAAUGCCUCGAUUCCAAAGAGGAAGAAGAGGUGACGGUGAAGGCUACAGACAAAAGACGGAGCUGGGGACACUGAUCUGUUCUGGACAAACGACAGCCAAACCCCUCCUCUACCCGGUUAACCCGAUGGACCCAAACCCAGAGCUGCACACUGGGUCUCAUUUAGCCGUCCUCCCUCCCUCCCUCCCUCCCUCCAUCACACCCACCCCCGUUAUCAGCUUCAGGAUUGUAAUGAACAGAGAUCAGAGACGGAGACAUAACAAGAUGAAAACCCUCCAAAGACUCUUUAAAAUGAAGGGAUGAAGAGGAGCAACCGGACUUUAACAAACCUUUCUGCUUCCUGCCUCUCCGUUGUUGCUGGAAUUUCUUCUUUUUGCUCAGUUUUUUUUUUGUUGUGUUUUUAAAAAAAAAAAAAAGCUCAACAGGACAUUAAAGGUAUAUAUAUAUAUGGAUAUAUAUUUUUAUAUGUAAAAAUAUAACACAGCAGUUCUCAGCUUUGCCUUGUGUCAGUUAAUCGACAGAGCUUCUUUUUGAAGUACAGCCAUAGCUUCUGCAGCUCUCACCGCUCUCACUGGAUGGAGAGGAAUGUGUUGCUUACAUGUGUGUGAAUGUGUGUGUGCGUGAAUGUGUGUGUGUGUGUGUGUGUGUGUGUGUGUGUGUGUGUGUGUGUGUGUGUGUGUGUGUGUGUGUGUGUUUUUGUGUGUGUGUGUGUUUUUACCAGUAAAGAAAGCGACUAAUCAGCAAUACAGAGAACAGUAAACGUCCUCGGCAGCAGAUCAAGUUUCAAAAACUGUAAAAUAGAAAUGAUAAAAAAACGUGGAAACAUUGUCGUCCUUCCAGCCAGAAUGCAGCUUUUUUUUUAUUGAUUAUCAGAUUAUAUUUCCAAUUAAUAUCGAUCAAUGAAGCGA